UGGACCACGAGGUAUUCAUAGCGUCACCGCUGCCUGCUUCUCUUUUCCUUCAGAUACGAUACGCGGAUUAUAAAAUUCGGCGUGUCGCACAGACGGGGAACGGGGUGGAAAGAAUUAUUUAUCCAUCAUGUCGCUGUCGCAAAGAGUAACGUCGUUUGAAUCGCUGUCGCCGGAACGAGGCAGGUCCCCGGCGGGUUCGCAGAGGAGGAAGUUGAGCUUUAGCCCGUUGCCGGGAAAUUGGGGGGAUGAUUUGGAGCCGCAGGAGCAGGUGGUCGAGGAGAUCGAAACGGUGGCUGCUUUUGAGGUUUCGAAGGGGAAGCGAAUUUUGCAAGUCGCAAUUGCAGUGGUAUACUGUCUCCUCGCUGCCGGUAUCGUCUUCGGAUAUGCAGCGCUCAAACCAGUUCUUAUCCGCGAAGGUGUCUAUCGAGAAUAUUGUACAGAAGAUGAAUUGAAAGAAGGGGUCCGAACUUGCUUUGAGCAAGAGAUACAUUUGAACUUGAUGUUCACAAUUGCUGCGGUCGGCACAAAUGUUGCAGCUUUACCAAUUGGCUCUAUCUUGGAUAACUUUGGUCCAAGGGUAGCUGGUAUCAUAGGAAGCAUUUUCUUGGCAGUUGGAGCUACUCUCUUUGCUUUUGCUGAUGAGUUACCAUUUGAUGGAUUCAUUCCAGGAUAUUUGUUGUUGGCACUUGGAGGAGCUUUCUUCUUGAUCACCUCUUAUCAGCUUUCGAAUACCUUUCCCAAGCAUUCUGGCUUGAUCUUGGCUCUUUUGACUGGUGCCUUUGACACCUCCAGUGCGCUCUUCCUCGUAUAUCGAAUCAUAUAUCAAUGGAGUGAUGGAACUUUCCACAUCAAACAGUUCUUCCUCAUCUAUCUAAUCGUUCCGGCUUUUAUCCUCAUCGCACAGAUAUUCGUCAUGCCUUCGCAAUCGUACAAGACAGUAGGAGAAAUGGUUAAACAGGUCGAAGAUGACGAUUUGUUCGACGAUCAAAUGGACGAAACUACAGCUCUCCUUCGCGAGGAGCGUCGUCAACGUCGUGAUUCCAUUGUCUCGGAAAUAACCGAACUUUUGGGCACCAAGCCGGGCAGUAAACAAGUUAAGCAAGAAGAGCGCAAGAAUAAAAUCUCCGGCGUAUGGGGAGUGUUACACGGAAAAACCGUUGUACAACAAAUCCUGUCUCCGUGGUUCGUUCUUAUUACCCUAUUUACCGUUAUCCAAAUGACACGAAUCAAUUUCUUCGUCGCCACCAUUCGUCCACAAUACGAGUACCUCCUUGGUUCCUACGACAAAGCCGUCGAUGUUAAUACCUUUUUCGAUCUCGCUCUUCCACUAGGAGGCGUCCUCUCAAUCCCUUUCAUUGGCAUCAUUCUCGACAACACCAGUACCACAUUUGUGCUCUCCCUCCUCGUGACCAUCGCGACCACUAUUGGCGUUCUCGGCAUGCUCCCCUUUUCCUGGGCUGCCUAUGCUAAUAUCUCUCUCUUCGUCCUCUACCGUCCCUUCUACUACACCGCCGUAUCCGAUUACUCAGCCAAGGUCUUUGGAUUCCGUACGUUUGGAACGGUAUACGGAUUGAUUAUCUGUUUGGCAGGUCUUCUCAAUUUUAGUCAAAGUGGAUUAGAUGCGCUCCUCCACAAGGUCUUCAACGGAAACCCAGUCCCAAUUAAUGGUAUGCUGAUGGGCUCAGCAUUGGUAGUGGGGAUCAUCCUCUGUGCAUUUGUCGGCUGGAAAGCAUACACCUUGAAGCGAGAUGGCUUGGAAAUGGAGGCAGAAGCUGCGCGAGAAACGGUCAUGCCUGGUGCGGAGAGUCCGGAACGAUUAUAAGUUCUUGAUUAUUUUAUCGAAGUAAUAUUGUUAUUGGAAAAUUGGUUCUUGCGAUUGGAAAUAUAAAUUGAUGGAUGGAUACUUGGAAGCAUGGACCGGCGUUGUUUGGAAUAUUUCUUCGGUCUACUUAUGCAAUUAAUGAGCGAGCGAGCCUGCUUGGUUUGCAUCUGUAUUUGGAUUCGGAGUGGGAGAGUCAUCUCAUACAUACAUGUCUUAUCAUAUCAUAUCUUACCAUACGUAUACGCACUCAUAUAUUAUUUUCUGGGAGUUUUAUUGAAGAGAUGGAUAUCCUGUAUUGGUUGCUAUCGUUAAAAUAUAUUUUAGUAGAAGUAGGUAAUUAUCCACAUACACACAUGAGAAUGUAUAAUUUGUAUU